AAGCCACUUCCUGUUCUCCCGCCCCAAAGAUGGCGGACGAAGCGACCCGCCGGGUGGUGGCGGAGCUGCCGCUGCUGAAGACCAACGCGGGCCCGCGGGACCGGGAACUGUGGGUUCAGCGGCUGAAGGAAGAAUACCAGGCCCUCAUUAAGUAUGUGGAAAACAACAAGAAUGCCGAUAAUGAUUGGUUCCGGCUAGAAUCCAACAAGGAAGGCACCAGGUGGUUUGGGAAGUGCUGGUACAUUCACAACCUUCUGAAGUAUGAAUUUGCUGUUGAGUUUGAUAUUCCUGUCACGUACCCAUCUACCGCACCAGAAAUUGCCAUUCCAGAACUGGAUGGGAAAACAGCAAAGAUGUACAGAGGCGGCAAGAUAUGCUUGACGGACCACUUUAAGCCCUUAUGGGCCAGAAACGUGCCCAAAUUUGGACUGGCCCACCUCAUGGCUUUGGGGCUGGGACCCUGGUUGGCUGUGGAGAUCCCAGACUUGAUAUCCAAGGGCCUGAUUGAGCACAAAGAGAAGUGAGUCCAUUGCGGCCUACGCGUGGAAACGGGGCCUCGGCCGUCCUUCUAGGCCUCUCUUCUCAGCUCCAGCAGGCCCACAUCGAUGCUAGUGACU